GUAUAAUCAAGCCAGUUGUCUCUGAUUACAAGUUCCAACACCGCUGAGGCAAAUAGGUGCUCAUACGGUUGCCAGAGAAGCUGUCUAGUUUGCGGCUUGAGCCCAAACGUAACCCUUGAGUGCCAUACUGCGCCGAAGGUGCAGCAGCGAAAAACAUGGCCCAAGUUCACGUAUGCCACGCCGGAACCUGUCUGAACCGGGGCGCGGAAGGAGUGCUCACAGAAAUAGAGGAGCUGGCCAGCGCCGUCGGCGGCCAGUGCACCGUGCACGAGACGGGCUGCCUCGGCUACUGCAGCCAGGCGCCCAACGCCGUGGUUGUGAGGCGCGGGGAGCGCCCGAAGGUGCACACCCUCAUUCGGUCUCUGGAGGCCUCCGCCGACGUCGUCGCCGCCGCGACGGGCCUCCAGCCGAACCUGGAAGACGAUCAGAUCAAGCAGAAGCUGGCGGGCCUCCGCGCGGCGCGGGCGCGGGAGCGCGCGAAGGAGGUCUACCACUGGAACAGCGCCCUGAACGGCCUCGGCGCGGAGGCCGUCGGGAAGCCGCGGCUGCGCGAGGAGCUCGACUGGUUGAGGAGGCAGGUGGGCUCCGCCGACUCGACAGGGCAGAUGCCUGAGGCGAUUGCCGAGUACACCAAGUGGUCGCUAGAGUCCGUCGAGCCGGUGUCGCGGCACGCGGCCGUCUUCACCUACACGUCCAAGGACCGCAAGCGCGGCACGCCGCACCCGCGCGGGCGGGGCCGCGUGCCGCGGCCGAUCACGUGGCACACGACGCUCCUCGCCGAGGUCGGCGCGAACGACGAGGGCCCGCUGCCCUGGAUCGAAAGGGAUUACACGCCCAUCUCGUCAGCGCACCAGUGGGAGCAGGGCCGCGUCGAAAUUUUGAUCAAGAUUUAUGCUGAUGGCAAGGCGACGUCGUGGCUCUAUCGGACCAAGCCCGAGACGAUAUGGCUGUCGCGGCCCGUGCGGACGCUCGCGGUGCCGUCGUUGGUCCACGACGACGGGCCCUCCUUCCGGCCCGCCUCGGUCCUACUUUUGCUCGCCGGCACGGGCGUCGUCGCGCUCCCGCAGAUCCUGGCGCACCGCGACCCCUACGGCUCGCUCCGCAUCUCGACGCCGAAGCGCGACCAGCUCCGCGUGCCCAUCGACGUGCUGCUCUCUUGUAGGGAGGACGACGCCCCGAUGGCGCCGCGGUGCGCGGCGUGGUGUCGCGAGGAGGGCGACGCCGCGGGACUUCGGAAUUGUACUUUAUUACUGUCGCCGGCGGCGGAGGGCGACGUGCCGUUCCCGAAUGCUCCCGACGUCGACGUCGACGCGGCGGUCGCAGGAUUGGAGAACGCCUCUGUGGUCCGGGGGCGGCUCUCGGCCCAGAUUUUGAGUGAGGCGUAUCAAAAAAUGCCCCAGCCCUGCCGCGUCGUCGUCUCGGGACCCGGCGAAUACAACUCGGCGGUCCGCGAAAUGCUCAUGGACCUCGUGGACGACCUGGACUCGGUGACGGUGCUGUCCGCGUAGUCAGUCUUGUUGAUAUAAAUC